CAACAGAUGACGCAUUCCUAAUAUCACCGAUCGAUCGCUGGAAACCCCUCGAGCAUCGCUUUCAUUCCGAAAGCGAGUGGAUACGGAGUUGUACCUCGAUUGAAUCCGUACCACAGCCAGGUACGCCUGAAGCAGAUGACACCCCGACCUUGAAUCUUCGCACCGUACUUAAAUUCUCCGUGCAGAGAAAGGUCUCUGCGGGAUUCAGGUCCGAGCAUCUCGACUGGCUUCACUCUGAGACUAGUCUACAGACGAGGUCAUCAUGGCGGUGCUCGAUGAGUACUUGUGGCUCGUGGUUGUCGGGGCCAUCGUGGCUUUCGGUUUCGGUUGGGGAACUGGGGCGAACGAUGUGGCCAAUGCGUUUGGAACCUCGGUUGGAAGCAAGACGCUUACUCUUCGUCAGGCAGUUAUUAUUGCCUCGAUCUUCGAGUUCGCCGGUGCGCUUCUGCUGGGACGUGUAUCGACAAACACCAUCGCGUCUGGUAUUGCAGAUAUCAACUCAUUCGCUCGAGAUCCCGAAGUGUACGCCUAUGGAAUGGUCUGUGCCCUCGGUGUCGGCACAGUCUGGUUGAUUCUCACUUCAUACUGGGGUCUGAAUGUGUCAUCCACCCACUCAAUCAUCGGUGGAAUUAUCGGAUUCGCUUUGGUUUGGGACGGAACUGACGCCGUCAUCUGGGCCAAGAAGGACUCGGGUUCAUUCCCACCAUAUAAGGGAGUCGUUGCAAUCAUCCUGUCGUGGUUCAUCUCUCCGGUGCUCAGCGGUGCUGCAGCAGCCUUCAUCUUCUUCAUCGUCCGGACUCUCGUGCUCCGCCAGCGCAAUGCCUACGCCCUGUCGUUCUGGACUCUGCCUCCCUUCGUCCUCAUCACCACGUUCAUCAACAUGUACUUCGUCUUCACUAAGGGUGCCAAAAAGGCCCUGUCCAGCAACGACGACUGGACGGACGCCAAAGCCGCCUGGGUGUCGGCAAUCAUCGCAGCAAGCGUCACGCUGAUCUGCAUCUUCGUUGCCCUCCCGUUUCUCAAGAGGAUGGCUGCCCGUCAAUUCGACAGUGAGGGCAAGCGAAUCGUUCGUGACGUUCCACUUCAGAUCGUGAACAAUGAUUCUGCGCCGGAGGCAUUGACGAACUGGCAGAAGUUCAGCAAGGCAGCCACUCACGGGCUGGACGUGGACAUCCACAAGGUGGUGAAGACGGACGAGAAGAUCGGAGACAUGCACGAGGCCGCCGAGAAGUUCGAGGAGCGCGUCGAGUACGCAUUCAGCUACCUUCAGGUGUUCUCAGCGAUCUGCGUCAUCUUCGCCCACGGGGCUGGAGAGGUCGGGUACAUGGCAGGCCCCUUGGCGACCAUUUGGGAUGUGUACCAGAAGGGGCAGCUUUCCAAAUCAGUGACGCCCCCUGUAUGGAUCGUGCUGAUCGGUGCGAUCGGUCUCGUCAUCGGCCUGGCUACCUAUGGCUACAAUGUCACGCAGGCCAUGGGUGUCAAGCUCGCCAAGCUCACUCCCACACGAGGAUUCGCUGCAGAGCUCGCCACGGCCUUCGUGAUCAUGAUCGCCUCGCAGUAUGGUCUGCCCACGUCCUCGAGCCAGUGCAUCACAGGAGCCAUCAUCGGCGUGGGGCUGCUGGAGGGAGCCAAGGGAGUGAACUGGACUCACUUCGUCAAGCAGUUCGCUUCGUGGGUCGCCACUCUGUUCGUCAUCGGCUUCUUCGUCGCCGCCGUCUUCUCUCAGGGCGUCUACGCCCCGAGCAAGCUCGCAGGCAAGGAGAUCACCAUGUACGAGGAUCGUGUCACCGAAUUAACGACUCAGGUCUACCAGGAUUUCAGCAGCAGCCUGCAGAGCUACAAGACUGCCAGCGACAAUUUGGUUCUCGCCAACCUCCCUCCCUCCGAUUGGGCCAAUCUGAACGAGACUGUCGCCACCGCUUCCACCAUCGCCAAAAAUUUGGUCAACCCCAAGAAGUCUCAGACUACCGAUGCCGACCAAAUUCUGGCUUCGCUCUACAAGUCCUUGGCUCUGCUUCAAAACUACACGAUCUUCACUUUGGGGCAGAACUCCGUGUUCCCGGGAGCGGAGAUUUGUAUAGACCCGGCAGCUUCAAACACGACGAUGGUUGCUUGCAAAGCGCCUACAUUGCUACCGAAAGCAUUGGCCAACUGAUGAGGCGAGAAUCAGAUUCUCAGCAGGAAGUUCAUUCCAUUUAUAUGCCUCAGAGUGCUGCUCCACAUCUUCGAGUGUCUUCACUGGAUAUCGAUCGUCGUGGAACCUUUCUCCAGCUUCGAUGGCCGAGACGCUUUCGUCUCGUUCCAUCUCCCACAGACUCAAGCCUUUUUAUUCUUCUUCAAGGUUCAAGCUCUGUGACUGUCACGAUCAAGCAGUCAGCCAUCUUCCAGGCGACCUCGGCAUUGCUGCUUCAGAUCCACGAGACCAUUUCCUGAGAUUGAGGUUUGUAUGAAUGCAGUUUCACCUGAAAUUAAUCUUCUACGAGCGGCUAGCGAUGCCUUGUACAAAGAUUCACCUGCUGCCUACUGCUUCAAGGAUUACCUGCAACGCCGCUCUUUUCGAGUACCUUCAAAAAUUUUGAUGUACGGAGGGAUGACUGGAAGCGAGAUUGGAUCAUUGGAGUUUUAGGAAAUUGGUCAGCAAUAGUUACUGGUUUGCCAUCUUUGCAGAUUUUAAUGCAAUUAGCUGACUUUCAGCUUCCUGUCAAUAUUCGCAUGUUGAUCACGGAGUGAUCAACAUCGACGGAGAGUUGGAGUAGUGCUGAAAUCCUGUUCAGAGCUUUUUCUGAGCAGUUAGGGAGUUGUGAUUUCAUCGCCCCAGCAACAUGUUUAGGUUUCAUGUGGGUCAAGCUUAUGCUUCCCAUGACAUAGAUUUACAGCCUGU